CGGCCGGAGGGAGGGAGACGCUUCGCAGCGCUGCCCGGCGGAGCUCCUAGGAUUCGAGCCCUGGGGAGGGGCAGCUGGAAUCAACCCGCCCCAGCCACUAUGAAGAGAAAAAUGAACAUUUCCCGGUGCCUCUCGAUCGCCACGGCGUUGCUAACCCUGGUGGCUCUCAAGGCCUACAUCGAAUGGACAGCCGAGCAGGAGGAACGAUACCCCACGCCUCACGCCGUUCGUUGGCAGAGCAGCCCCAUCAUCCCCAUCCUGCCCUUCGAGGAAAUCCCGCCGUCCUUGGUCUUCCAUCGCUUUAACGCCUCCUUGCAACAAUUCCGCCACAGCAUCCCGCAGGUCAAAGCUUACUGGAACAAUAAACAAUACCAAAAUUUCCGGGCGUUGGAAGAAGGUUCGGUGGCCAACGCUUCCUGGAAUAAAUGCCCCAGUGCCGAUGUGGAGGAACUGGCCACCAAGAUCAAAAAUUUCAACUCGUAUCCGGAGCUUUAUAAGAAUUUCAUUCUCUACGGGGACUGCAGGAAUUAUUCCCUCCUGAUCAACGAACCCCGUAAGUGUGCCGAUACAAAGAACGGCACCUUCCUGCUCUUGGCCAUCAAAUCCGUGCCCGGCAAUUUUGCCGCCCGCCAAGCCGUGCGGGACACUUGGGGGCAAGAAGGAGAACCCGGUGGGCUGGCCAUCCGGACCGUCUUCUUGCUGGGCACGGCUGAGGGGCGGUUCGGACCCCGCCUGCAACACCUGGUCCAUUUCGAGAGUCGGAGUUUUGGGGACAUCUUGAUGUGGGAUUUUGAGGACACUUUCUUCAACCUGACCUUGAAGGACUCGCUCUUUCUGCAUUGGACGCUGGACUAUUGUCGGCACGUCCGUUUCAUUCUCAAAGGGGACGAUGACGUGUUCAUCAACACCCCGAAAGUCUUGGGGUAUCUAAGCUCGGUGGAUACCAACAAGCCCCUCUACACGGGGCAGGUGAUGUCCAAUGCCUCUCCCUUCCGGUUGCAGAGAAGUAAAUACUAUGUGCCAGAAUCGUUUUACGUGGGGCCGUAUCCAGCUUAUGCGGGAGGCGGGGGCUACAUUUUCUCCGGACACCUGGCCCCGUUGCUCCUCCUCAUUUCUCAGCAUGUGGCCUUCUACCCCAUCGACGACGUUUACACAGGGCUCUGCUUCCAAGCUCUGGGCAUCCCCCCUCAGCCCCACGCCGGCUUCAUGACCUUCGAUAUCGCCGAGAAGGACCGGGAAGACCCCUGCGUGCACAGCCAGCUGCUCUUGGUCCAUCGGCGCAGCCCCCGACAGACUCUCCACCUUUGGAAGCAAAUCACCGAUCCAAACCUCCGAUGCGGACGCAAGGCGUUGAACCCCCAACCGGGGAAGCGGGCGGGAUUCUGACCAAACUGGGGAACGGACCACGUGGAACUUUUCAGUCCUCGGGGCUGCAACGGGGAGAUGCUCAGGCCCAAAUCCCAUCGGAAUGUUUCAGAGGGGACACCCCAACUUUUAAGGUACUUUUUGAAGGACAGGAGCUGAGGAUGGGCAUCCCCUUUGGACCCCUUUUGAAAUUCCUGUUCUUUGUUUGCCUUUCUGAGAUAUCGCAGUGGAACCCAGAGCCGUACCAAGAGUCCAGGAAGUGCCAUUUACAGAGAUAAGCGUCCUUAUGGUCAGAAAAGGGCCACAGCAUCCACCUGGCCUUAGCUGAGAAUGCCAGGCCUUCAAGCUUGCUUCCCCCACCCGGUGCCCUCCCAAUAGGCCUGCAACAACUGGAUUUCUAAGAGGAACCUUCCUCCACAUCUGGAGGCAAUGUAAGAGGAUCCUGGCUAGCUGGCCCAACCUGCCUGGAUUGCAGAGAGUAUUGUCCACAAGUGUUUUAUUUUUUUCUUCCUUUGGGGCCCGAAUCUUUGAGGGCUGGAUAAACCGAGAAAUUGAGGCACGAAGCCGAUUCUAAAUAACCAUGAAGUGUUUCAACGUGGUGAAAGAAAAGUGGAAAUAAGGCCCUCUAGAAUUAUCAUCAGAAGUGAUGAUAGCCACGAUGGCACAGUGGCGAGAAUGCAGUAUUACAGGCUAACUCUGCCAACUGCCAGCAGUUCGAUCCUGACCGGCUCAAGGUUGACUCAGCCUUCCGUCCUUCUGAAGUCGGUCAAAUGAGAUUGUUGGGGGGGGGGUGAGGCAAGAUGUCAUUGGUAAUGUAAUUUGGACCCCAGGAUAGUUUUGGUGCCCGAUAGGAUCACUUUCUCUGUUCCACCGAUCCUUAAGCCUUUUGACUCAUUGACCGUUUCUGUAUCUCAUCUCUAGAAAAAUUCCUUGUUCGUGCACUUUAGAUGUCCAGAUCCGUAUUACCCUUCACCUGUCAGAGAGUUUCAUGCAAUGUUCAGCUUCUGCAAGUCUAAGUCUAUCACCCGCUGCGCGGGUGAUAGAGGGAGCACCGCGUUGCUCCCAUAUAACACCUAUCCUGCGCGGCCUACACUGGCUGCCCGUAGCCUUCCGGGUGCAAUUCAAGGUUUUGGUUACCAUCUUUAAAGCGCUCCAUGGCUUAGGACCGGGGUAUCUACGAGACCGCCUUCUGCCGCCGAUAGCCUCCCAACAACCGGUGCGCUCCUACAGAGCGGGCCUCCUCCGGGUGCCGUCGACCAAACAAUGUAGGUUGGCGACCCCCAGGGGGAGGGCCUUCUCUGUGGCAGCACCGGCUCUGUGGAACGAGCUUCCUCCAGGGUUACGGCAACUCCCUGACCUCCGGACCUUCAGGCGUGAACUGAAGACUUUAUUAUUUCAACGAGCUGGACUAGCCUAAGAAUAAAAUAUUUUAGUUAAUUUUAAUGGGUUUUAACCGGUUUUUUACCGUUUUAGUGAUUUGGCGAUUAUAAUAUCUUGUUUUAAUUGGGUUUUAAAUUGCUUAUUUAUUAUUGUUGUAUUUUUAAU